AUGGCGGUAGGCGUCGUCGCCGUCGAGGGCGGCCAGGACCGCCGCUACGGCGGAAGGAUCACCGCCUUCGUCGUGCUGUCCUGCAUGACCGCCGGCAUGGGCGGUGUCAUCUUCGGCUACGACAUCGGGAUCGCAGGCGGCGUGUCGUCGAUGGAGCCGUUCCUGCGCAAGUUCUUCCCGGACGUGUACCGCCGGAUGCACGGCGACACGCGGGUGAGCAACUACUGCAAGUUCGACAGCCAGCUGCUGACGGCCUUCACGUCGUCGCUGUACGUGGCGGGCCUGCUGACCACGUUCCUGGCGGCGCGGGUCACGGCGGGGCGCGGCCGCAGGGCGUCCAUGGUCCUGGGCGGCGCCGCGUUCCUGGCGGGCGCGGCCGUGGGCGGCGCGUCCGUGAACAUCUACAUGGUUAUCCUGGGGCGGGUGCUCCUGGGCGUCGGGCUCGGCUUCGCCAACCAGGCCGUGCCGCUGUACCUGUCGGAGAUGGCGCCGGCCCGGCUCCGCGGCGCGUUCAGCAACGGGUUCCAGCUCAGCGUCGGGGUCGGCGCGCUGGCGGCGAACGUGAUCAACUUCGGCACGGAGAAGAUCAGGGGCGGGUGGGGUUGGCGCGUGUCGCUGGCGCUCGCCGCGGUCCCCGCGGGGCUCCUCACCCUCGGCGCGCUGUUCCUCCCCGAGACGCCGAACAGCCUGGUGCAGCAGGGCAGGGACCGCCACGACGUGGCGCGUCUGCUGCAGAAGGUCCGCGGCGCCGGCGUCGACGUGGGCGAAGAGCUGGACGACAUUGUCGCCGCGGCGGCGUCGGCGGGGGAAGACGGGGCCGGAGGGGACGGCCUGCGUCGGCUCCUCGUGGAGCGGCGGUACCGGCCGCAGCUGGUGAUGGCGGUGGCGAUCCCUUUCUUCCAGCAGGUGACGGGGAUCAACGCGAUCGCGUUCUACGCGCCGGAGCUGCUGCGCACCAUCGGCAUGGGCGAGAGCGCGUCGCUGCUGUCGGCGGUAGUGACGGGCGUGGUGGGCGUGGGAUCCACCUUCGCGUCCAUGCUCGCCGUGGACCGCUUCGGGCGCCGCACGCUGUUCCUGGUCGGCGGCGCGCAGAUGCUGGCGUCGCAGGUGCUGAUCGGCGCCAUCAUGGCCGCGGAGCUGCGGGACAGCGGCGGCGUGGGCAAAGGCUGGGCCGGGGUGCUCAUCCUGCUCAUCGCCGUGUACGUGGCCGGGUUCGGCUGGUCCUGGGGCCCGCUCGGGUGGCUGGUGCCCAGCGAGAUCUUCCCGCUGGAGGUGCGCGCCGCCGGGCAGAGCGUCACGGUGGCCGUGAGCUUCGCGUUCACCGUGUUCGUGGCGCAGGCGUUCCUGUCCAUGCUGUGCCACAUGAAGGCCGGCAUCUUCUUCUUCUUCGCCGCGUGGCUCGCCGCCAUGACCGCGUUCGUGUACCUACUGCUGCCGGAGACGAAGGGGGUGCCCAUCGAGCAGGUGGGCCGGGUGUGGCGCGCGCACUGGUUCUGGAGCAGGGUCGUCGGGCCCGACCCCGAUGCCGACGAGGCGCGCGCGGGCGGGAAACUCUAG